GUUGUGCAACAUGCUUUCCACUAUCCAUAAUUUCUCUUGAAACGCACUCCUUCAUGAGACAUUGAGGAAGAUUAAACAUAGUUUGGCAAAAUAAAUGCUUUCUUUUGGGUACUGGUUUCAGGCUUCUAAAAAAUAAAGAUCAUUGGACUAUUUGAGGGACCUUUUCUGCUGUAGGUAUGAAUCCUACUAUCAUGGUUGUUAGCCUGGCUGUUGCAAUUCUAGCUGCUAUCAAGGUUGCUGGACAUGAAUCGAAUGAUAUUUAUCUUUUUGAGAUAAAAAAGGCAUUUGCAUCCCAAUUUGUGUAUUGUCGUAAUAAGUUGGGGCUACAUCCAGAAAAGAUUAAUGCCAAUGGAGGAGCAAUUACCAUUGUACAUCUACAUGGUGCAACAGGGAAAGGAAGAAGAGAAGGGGAAGAUAAACAUAAGUUGAGAUUUCCGAAACAUAUAAAGAUUAAGAUCGUUAGAGGGAAUAACUGGACAUGAAGUUGUGUGAAUUUUGAUGAGUUCUUGCGUAAUCCUGGCAAUGGUGGUGGAUUUUUGAAGCUUUACGAAUCUAAUGAUCGACCAAACUUACCGAGGCCGCCAUGAUCGAAUUUAUUCACUUCGGUUCUUCUCUUUUUCAGUUUAUCAGUUUUGUUGUGAUGUAUUGAGUUUUCUAAAACAGGGUAGUUUUUUGUUUAGAUUUGUUCUCAAAGGAUUUUUUUUCCUUUAUAAACAAAAUCGGAAUGCA